AGCUUCAAGAAAUUCGAUUUUCCAAUGCGACUCGCCGCGUCGAGAUGUAACACACUUUAAUCCUAUUUUCUGCAAUCUCCCCAUAAAACUAUGUGAUUUUUUGAAGUGAUAUUAAAUAUAGUGAUUAAAGAGAAACAUAAUGAACAAGAGCAGCCUAACCAUAUGCCAUAGAUGGUCCUUCACAGUGCCAAUACUCUGCUACAUAUUGUUUUUCAUUAUGAUCUGGACACUUUCCGUACCUUUAAAGCCCAACAUCCGCAUCGAAAUACCAAACGAUACACCCAUGGAAUUGAAGAGAGGCGUCGAGGACACCUUCGAGAUACGUAUGAAAAACAGUAACUUUAACUCAGAUAAGAAUGCAGAAGAUAAUUUGCUCAACGAAAAGAAUGAAUACUUAAUAAAUGUCAAUAACAAAGAAAAUAUAAACAAGGAUCAAACAGAAAUAUUGGAAGAUGUAUUCAAAAAGGCUGACAAAAAUAAAAAUGGAAAGUUGGAUACUAGAGAACUAUCUGAAUGGAUUAGAAUGAAAAUCAUUGAACAUAUAACGUCAGCUGUAAGCAAUAACUAUGGUCUUUUCUCGUUAAUUGACAGGAAUCCUAAAAACGGAGUAGUGUCGUGGAAGGAGUACCACAGUUAUUUUCUAAAAAAGCGCGGAUUCAGUAAGAAAUAUGUUAAAAACCACGACGAAAAACGGCACAAAGGAUUAGAAAGAUCUCUAAAAGAACAAAUUAUGAGAGAUAAAGCGUCGUGGAUGGAAGCUGCAAGAACCAACCCCGAUACGCUAACAGUUGAUGAAUUCCUGACCUUCACACAUCCCGAAUCGAGUGCCACGAAUCAGUUGGCACUUGUCGAUGACCUUUACGACAAAUUCGAUAGAGACGGCGAUGAAUUGUUGACGGAAGACGAAUUUGCCAUUUUGCAAACCGAAGGUGAAGAAGAGACUGUAAUAGUACGUCAAGAUGAAAAGGAAAGACGCUCCGAAUUCCGGAAGAGCAUAGAUUUAAACGGAGACGGCAAAGCUGAUCGUAGGGAAUUAUUGCACUACGUCGCUCCGCAAAGUCCACGACACAGUGAACACGAAGCCGAAGCCCUUCUUGCCCUUGCAGACAACGAUCAGGACAAUAUGAUAUCAUUGGAUGAAAUCCUGGCCCAUCCGAAUCUAUUCCUAAAAUCGAAAAUGGUUGACACCGCCAGGAGUUUUCACGACGAAUUCUAACUCCUAAAAGUCUGAAAUGUACAUAUGAAUUAGUCAAUUGUAUAACGACUGUGACAUGCUCUCUAAUUUAGUGAAUCGCUCCUUUCUUAACAUGUAAUUCAUUGCUCAGCACUGAUUCCCGAAUUGCUGCCAUUUUCUCAGUAGUAAAGAUUAAUAUAUUUUCAAACAAACAAAAUAUUCUAUAUUGUAUAUAAAAGAAAAAUUAAAGUAAUAGGUAGUAUAU